CUUGGAACUUCUCAUCUUGGCGCUUCUCGUCGUGUCGGCCAUAGGCAGAAUGUGGCCCAGGAAGGGUACUUCUGUCUUGCGGCCGUAACUCUUGAUCGCAACGAGCACGAAUGGUACGGUGACGAGAAGGUAUAUAAAGAGGGCUUUCUAAGGCCAACAGCUUUUGCAAAGACAACAACAAUCCCCAACCUCUUAGCCUCCUAGUGAACGAUGACCAACGCCCAAAGGCACCAGCGCUUCGCGGUCGCAGGUGGUACCGGCCAGAUCGGCCUGCCCAUCUCCCAGUCCCUCGCCGCCGCAGGUUUCCAAGUCACCGUUCUCUCGCGCACUGCAAAGCCGUCGUCGGACAAGAACAUCGUCUACACGGCGGCCGACUACUCGGACGAAUCGGCGCUCGUCGAGGUGCUCAAGGGCCAUGAUGUCGUCAUUGAUGCCCUGGCCUUCACUGCCAUCCUCGCAGACCAGGACCUGCCGAAGCGUCUGGCACGAGCGACUAAGAAGGCCGGCGUGAAGUUGUUCGUGCCCAACGACUGGUCAUUUGACAUGGAGCGCGUUGCAGAGCGAAACGACAUCGCCGUACACCCGAUCGCAAAUGCCGAGCUCGACUACCACAAGUACCUGCAGAACGAGCUCAAGUUGCCCUUCCUCGGCAUCUGGACGGGCAUCUUUACCGCCUAUGUGCCCAUGCUGCUUAGCAUUGACUUUGACACGCACACGGCGAGCUUUGUCGGAAAGGGCGACACGCCCUUCAUCUCGACGGGCUAUGGCGACAUUGGCCGCUUCGUCGCGGCCGCCUUUACCAAUCUCGCGCCGUCGCAGCUCGAGAACCGCACGUUGCGCGUCGUGAGCCAGCUCAAGAGCCCCAACGAGAUCCUCAAGGAGUUGGCAGGUAAGCUCGGCAGCGGCGAGUUCAAGCAAGACAACAUGUCCAUCGAGGAGGCAAAGGAGAAGGCCAGCAAUGUCGAUUUCAGCAACAUGUUUGAGAGCAUGCUACCGUGGCUGAAGCUCGUCGCCGAGACUGGCAAUGGUGGCGGCGAGAACAACGACAAUGCGCUCGUCCACUUUGAGCCAAAGGAAAGCAUCGUCGACACCAUCCUGGCCGACCGCCGCGCCGCGUCAGACAAGCAGUAGAUCUAGAAGCGUGUUCUUGUGAUUGCGACCCCAUCUGCUAUGAGAUGUGCCCUGCGUCGUGCUUUCUGUGCAGAAUUUUCUCCGAUUUGCUUGGAAGAUCAUAGCUGUUAGCACCUCUUUUCCAGAAUAGUGUCAACGCAAGAGUCUAGAAGGG